GCAGCGGCACCAAUGAGUAGUAGCCAACCUUGCUCUCCAUUUCCUGCCAAGUGCCAACAAGUCCCUCUCCUCCUCCUCCAAAGAGACUAAACCACAAGAUCGAGAGAAUAGUUGCAGGGAGGCACAGGGAUCUUCUUUCAAUGGCGGACUUCUCACAGAACGACUCGCUCCUCCUCAAGAUGCCUAGCCACUCCCCAAACUUCUCAAGCCUCCUGUUCUACGGCCACAACCAUGGCGAAGCAGCAGCUCCUGCAAAUGCAAAUGCAAUGGUAGAAGACGCCUCACUUGAGAGCUCUUCUGCUGUGGUUGACACCUCCCCACAGGACAGUGCAUCUCCAAUGGAGAGGAAGAGGAAGGCUACAGAAGACAGUGCUACACUGAGUUCUGCUCAAUCCAAGGAUUGCAAGCAGCAGGAGAGCAAGAGCAAGAGGGGGAAGAGGCCCAACAAGGAGACUGAGGAGAAGAGCACCACUGAAGAUGAGGCCACCAAGGGGUACAUCCACGUGAGGGCAAGGAGGGGUCAGGCAACAGACAGCCACAGCCUUGCAGAGAGGGUGAGGAGAGAGAGGAUCAGUGAGAGGAUGAGGAUGCUGCAAGCACUGGUCCCUGGUUGUGACAAGGUUACUGGAAAGGCCCUGAUUUUGGAUGAGAUUAUCAAUUAUGUGCAGUCCCUGCAGAACCAAGUUGAGUUCCUUUCCAUGAGGAUUGCCUCCAUGAGCCCAGUGCUAUAUGGGUUUGGACUGGACAGUGAUGGCCUCCAUGAUCACGCACAAAAGAUGGGAGGCAUGUUCCAAGAAGCCCUUGCAAUGCCAGGUCCAGUGCUGAGCCAAGCUAGCCCAGCUCCAUCUCAAGCCAUCAUGGACACCACCUCCACCACACCCUACUCACUGCAAGGCCAGGGUUCCAUCUCUUUCUCUCAGGAAAAUGGCAGCACUUACCUGAUGCAGCAAGCAGUGGGGGAGCCAACAAGGCAGGAGCUGCUCAACCAGUUGGUGUUCAACAACAUGUGCUCUUUCCAGUAGGGGAAGAGUAUUUGUGUGAGAGGAAGCGAGAAAGGGACCCCACAUUGACAAUAGGAGGAAAUAAUGCUGCAAGAUUUGGUAGGAGCACCAGAUGAGUUUGAGAUGUUGGAUCUAGUCCAUCCCCUUGUCUGGAUUGGAGAGAGCAGCAAGUAGAGCCUGCUGUUUAUUUACACAUUUUCAGUGACUUCGUAAUAUUUGUAACUCCUGUAUUAGGCAUUGUCCAUGAGGAUUAUUUUCUCAGCGGCUGCACCGUCAUCGUCACCAGCUCACCGUUGUAGUCUUUGAGCAAUCGGUUGUUAAUAUAAGAGAGCUAUUUUGUUCUUUGCCAACA